AUGAGUGCGGAUGAAAAUUACGACGUCCACCCGCUGCACAAACUCAGCUCCCGCAAACCGCUGGGGAAACUGGCGCGAAGGCUGGAGGAGGUGAAGAAUCCCUGGAGGCGGAGGUCGGUCCUGGAGCUCAGUCACAGCGAAGCGGCCAGGCUGGCCACGGACGCGCUGCUGGAGUCCGGCCUCCCGGCUUACAAGCGGGCGCUGGCGGAGGAGCGGGAGCCGGGCUUCCUGUCCGGUCUGGAGAUCGCCUACAUCACCCGCGGCGGGGCCGCCCGGCCGCCCCAGCCCCCGACCGAGCCCCCGACCGAGCCGCGCCCCGGCAGCGGGGGGGACGCCCGGUCGGAGCUGACCUCCGUCACCUACUUCCCCAUGCAGUCGGACUCGGAAGCUCCCCUGCUGGACCUGGGCUGGUCCAAGCCCCAGCGCAGACUCUCCCUGCCCUCUGAGACCCACAUCAUCUUCCGAAGGGACAAGAGCCAGAGCAUCAAGGACACGAUCCGCCGGCGACUCAGCAAAGCCAAGUCGCUCAUUGCGAUUGUGAUGGAUCUAUUCACUGACGUUGACAUAUUUUGUGACUUGUUGGAAGCUUCUAGUAAACGAGGAGUCCCUGUCUACCUACUUCUGGAUGAAAGUAACCUGGAGCAUUUUAUGCUAAUGUGCGAUGAGCUUGACAUCCAAAAAGAGCACAUUAUUAACAUGCGGAUCAGGAGUGUGAAGGGAGACACAUACUGUACAAAGUCUGGGAAGAAGUUUCAUGGUCAGGUCCUGGAAAAGUUCAUGAUAAUUGACCUGGAGCAGGUGUUGGCAGGUUCAUACAGCUUUACCUGGCUGGCAGGACAGGUGCAUCUGAAUUUUAUCACACUCUCGACUGGACAGGUAGUGCAAGCAUUUGAUGAUGAGUUUCGAUGCCUUUACGCAGAGUCGAAACCGAUUGAGCGUUUCUCCUGUUCGACGGACGAGGUUCUUUCUUAUUACACAUCCAAUCUCCGGAUCCUUCCGGAACACUGCAACAUGAAGGAGAGGCUGGUGGAACCAAUCCAUUCCAACACAUCCAGCAGCCAGUCAGGAAGUAGUCCUCGCAGUGUCAUAGAGCUAACUGUUCCAGCUGUGAAAAUAUUCUGGGAAGGUAAGCAAAUCAGCCCUUGUGCUUCCAAUGGCUCUUCUGACAUUGAUUAUAAAAUCAAAGAGAAUGACAAAUCCAGCAACAACCGGACUCCUAGUCCAUUGGGUAGGCUUAGUGGAUUAGGCUUUUACAGUGCAAAUCCUAGCAAUGUGCAAGCUGUGCAUUAUCCUCACAACUUUUGCCUUCAAAAUCAAGGGGCAGCUGUUCAGCAAAGAAGAUUUCCCAUAGUCCCACCCAGAACUACUCAAAUACCGAAGGAUGACUUGCCCAAUGCAAGAAAGCCAACCCCCCCAUCGUUACCGCCACCAUGGGUUCCCAGUUCACAGCGGAUCAAUCGUGCAGACGCUCCCCGUCAAGCUGAGGAGCCUGAUGACCCCACCAAGGAUUUACGGAAAGCCCCAGGGGGGAUGACGAGGUCAGCAAAUCGAAUGACCCUUGGGCACAGUAAAUUAGAAAUGAUGGUGGAGUAUAACGAUAAAAUGAAGGCCAGAAGUGUCUACAGCCGGUUUCAAUUAAUGAAACAUGGUCCUUAAGCUCGGACUAAAAGCAAAAUACUGCGGAUGCUGGAAACCUGAAAUAAAAACAAAGUGCUGGAAAAACCUCAGCAGGUCUGGCAGCAUCUGUGGAGAGAGAAACAGAGUUAACGUUUCAAGUUGAAACUGACUCUUCAGAACUGAAGGGAGGUUCUUGAGCACAGGUUCCCCUACCUGGUAGUGACUUCUUCGGAUUGUUUCCUGCAUAACUCUUCCUUGAUCAUCUUGCUGGCAGGCAAGUUACCAAAGCUGCUGUGUUCAGUGAAGAGCCAGUUUCCUACACAAAUGUUACCUGGAGCCUGGGUAGGAUGUGUUGUGUAGGGGGGGGCAGGGAAUGGUGUCGUUCAAAAUCUGUAGGCUGCUCACAGGAUCGAUCUGAUUCACAACCGCAUGUAUAGUGACAAUGAAGAUGAGAGGUGACAAUGUUGACCCUUUUGGGUAGGUAUUAUCACCUUAUUAGAAUUUUUGGGGCUGAGGGAGGGAAGGUGGAACGAGAGGUUCAGAUGAAUCAAGUGCAUAUGUUGAAAAGCACUUUUUUAAAAAGUGUUUCACUGGCUAAUUUUUUUUUUAAUUAUUAUUUCAUGGGCUGUGGGCAAGGCCAGCAUUCGUUGCCCAUCCCU